GGUGGCGCUGGCACGUGGGCUCUUAUUUUUAGAAUAGUCCAUCUGACCACAUCUGACAGAGAAUCAUCUGAUACAUUGGAUUUAAAUUCAAUCAUUCGUUGAAAAUGCUCACAAUGUACGAUUAGUUUUUAUCUGUGAACUGUGACAAGUGUGGAAAACAAUGAUAGAAGUUUGAUUCGUUAAUAGCUGACUCAUUGUUGUUAUCACACAAAUCGGAGCGAUAAAAGUGCAGGCUUAUAAUGUAGAAACGCAGUAUUGUCUAACAUUCUGACGAAUCUAAUACGUGAUUGUAUUCUUUUAUUUUAAUAAAAAUCGUUGAUCGUUCUUGCAUCAAGUUGAGAAAUUGUGAUUACUACGCAUUACAUCAAUUUCUGUAUUCCUGAGCUGGCUUCAAACCCAUUAAAAAAAGAUGGCUUUGUUCAUCGGAUUUGUUCUGUUAUUUUUUAUCUCUAGUGCACUAUCUAACGUUAUUUACUAUCAACCUGAAGCUGUACACCUUGCUUAUGGAGAUUCUAUUCAUGACAUUGUCGUAACAUGGACCACACAGAACGAUACUCGUGAAUCAAUUGUGGAAUAUGGAAUUGGAGGAUUAAUUCUUAGAGCCACGGGAAGUUCUACUGUGUUUGUAGACGGUGGGAAUGAAAAGCAUAAGCAAUAUGUUCACAGAGUAUGGUUAAGGAAUUUAACACCCAAUAGUAAAUAUGUCUAUCACUGUGGCAGUUCGUAUGGGUGGUCGAAUUUAUUUUCUCUAAGAACUGCACCUGAGGAAUCAGCUGAGUGGUCACCUCAAAUUGUGAUUUUUGGAGAUAUGGGCAAUGAAAAUGCACAGAGUUUAGCCAGAUUGCAGGAAGAGACACAAAGAGGAUUAUAUGACAUGGCCCUUCAUGUUGGAGAUUUUGCAUACGACAUGGAUACUGACAAUGCACGUGUUGGGGAUGAAUUCAUGAAGCAAAUAGAAGGGGUUGCUGCUUAUUUACCAUACAUGACAGUAGCUGGCAACCACGAGGAGAAAUAUAACUUCAGUAAUUACAGGUCACGUUUUACAAUGCCUGGAGAUUCUGAAGGCUUAUGGUAUAGCUUUAACGUAGGACCUGUGCACUUUAUAGCCAUAGAAACAGAAGCUUAUUAUUUCAUGAAUUAUGGUAUAAAGCAACUUGUUAAACAAUACGAUUGGUUAGAGAAAGAUUUAAAAGAAGCGAACUUGCCAAAGAACAGAGCUGAAAGACCAUGGAUAGUUACGUUCGGUCACAGGCCAAUGUACUGCAGUAAUGCCAAUGCCGACGACUGCACCAAUCACCAAAGUCUGAUCAGAGUUGGAUUACCAAUUUUACAUUGGUUUGGUCUCGAAGAUCUUUUCUUCAAGUACAAAGUAGAUUUAGAAUUGUGGGCUCACGAACAUAGUUACGAACGCCUAUGGCCGAUGUACAAUUUCAAGGUGAUGAAUGGUAGUUACGACAGUCCGUACACAAACUAUAAGGCGCCUGUACACAUAGUAACCGGAUCAGCAGGAUGCAAAGAAGGUCGAGAAAAAUUUAUUCCUCAGAAACCAGAAUGGUCUGCGUUCCGUAGUUCGGAUUACGGAUACACGAGGAUGAAAGCAUACAAUAGGACUCAUCUUUAUGUUGAACAGGUAUCUGAUGACAAGGCAGGCGCUGUUUUGGACCAUGUCUGGCUGAUAAAGGACGAUAUUUUACCAAAGUACGCGGAUGAUCUAGCAAAUGAAUUAUAGAAGCAUAGUUUAGGGCUAGGUCAAAGUAAUUGAAACGAUAUAUACAGACAUAUCUUUUAUCAUUUUUAUCUUCUUCGACAAUGUACCAUGCUCUUUUAUGGUAAAUAGCAAAAUUGCGUAAUCUAUAAACUUCAAACGAUCGACUUUAA